AUGCCCGUUUUACUUUUCCUGGUAGACACGUCCGCGUCCAUGAACCAGCGCAGCCAUCUGGGCACUACCUAUCUGGACAUAGCAAAAGGCGCUGUUGAGACUUUUAUGAAGCUCCGAGGGAGAGAUCCGGCGAGCCGAGGGGACCGGUACAUGUUGGUAAAUUAUGAAGACAUUCCUUUCGGGAUCAAGGCCGGAUGGAAAGAGAGCCAUGCCACUUUUAUGACUGAACUGAGGAAUCUGCAGGCCACCGGGCUCACCAGCAUAGGCCAGUCACUGAGGACGGCCUUCGACCUGCUCAAUCUCAAUAGACUAGUGACUGGCAUUGACAACUACGGGCAGGGAAGAAACCCAUUUUUCCUGGAGCCCGCUAUCAUCAUCGCAAUCACUGAUGGAAACAAGUUAACCACUAGUGGUGGCGUCCAAGAUGAGCUCCAUCUCCCAUUAACGACGCCCCUGCCAGGCAGCGAGCUAACCAAGGAGCCCUUCCGUUGGGAUCAACGUCUUUUUGCGCUAGUGCUGCGCAUACCUGGCCAUGCGUCAGUGGAGCCUGAGCCAGUUGGUGGCGUCCCGUCGGAUGAUUCGCCCAUCACGCCCAUGUGUGAGGUUACUGGAGGGCGCUCAUACAGCGUGUUCUCUCAGCGCAUGCUGAAUCAGUGUCUGGAGUCUCUGGUCCAGAAGAUCCAGAGUGGCGUAGUCAUCAACUUUGAGAAGACUGGGCCUGACCCUCCCCCGCUGGAUGAUGCACCACCUGAGAAGCCAGGCCCACAGCCUUGGCAUUGUUGCCACAAGCUCAUCUAUGUCCGGCCCAAUCCUAAAACGGGUGUCCCUAUCGGACACUGGCCUGUACCUGAGGCCUUCUGGCCAGACCAGAACUCCCCUACGCUGCCCCCUCGUUCAGCGCACCCUCACGUUCGCUUCUCCUGCCUGGACGCAGAGCCCAUGGUGAUUGACAAGGUUCCCUUUGACAAGUACGAGCUGGAGCCCUCGCCGCUCACGCAGUACAUCCUGGAGAGGAAGUCUCCUCACACCUGCUGGCAGGUGUUUGUAUGCAACAGUGCCAAGUACAGUGACCUGGGCCAGCCCUUUGGCUACCUAAAGGCCAGCACGGCACUAAACUGCGUCAACCUGUUUGUCAUGCCCUACAACUACCCUGUACUUCUACCGCUUCUGGACGACCUCAUCAAAGUGCACAAAUUCAAGCCCACCCUCAAAUGGCGGCAGUCCUUUGAGAACUACCUUAAGACCAUGCCUCCAUACUACAUUGGGUCCUUGAGAAAGGCACUAAGGAUCAUGGGAGCUCCCAACCUAUUAGCGGACAACAUGGAGUAUGGCUUGAGCUACAGUGUUGUUUCCUACCUUAAAAAGCUCAGCCAGCAGACCAAAAUGGAGUACGAUCGCCUGAUCGCUUCCAUUGGGAAGAAGGCACCGCCUGAGACGGGCAUCAAGGUACGGUGGAGGGGCGGAGGGAUCUCGCUGGCCCAGCGCAGAGAUUUCAUCCAACAGCUUUUGAGUAUCUCGAGUGACGCCCCAGCACCGCUAUUGGAACUCAACCCCAAAGAGUUCCAAGGAUUCCACCUGGCGCUCCUCAACAAGAGCCUGAAACCUCAGACCUUCCGGAACCCUUACGACAUACCCCGCAGUCACCUACUGGACCAGCUCAGCCGUAUGAGGAGAAACCUACUCAACACAACAGUCUGCACCCUGCGAGGGUAUGACACAGAUCAAAUCCACAGCGUUCCCAUCGCCCAAAUGGGAAACUACCAAGAUUUCCUGAAAGCCGCUCCCCAACCCCUCCGAGACGCCGACCCCGAGCAGCCGAAGCGCCUGCACACCUUCGGCAACCCUUUCAAACUGGAUAAGAAGGGCAUGAUGAUUGACGAGGCUGACGAAUUUGUGACGAGCCCUCAGAACAAAGGGAAAAGACCUGCGGACAACAACAUGAUGGGUGGUGGACCAAAGAGGAGGCGCUGCAUGUCGCCCCUUCUGCGCCUGGGACGGGCCUACACGCCCCCCAUAACCCCACCUGCUAGUCCACGACCCACCUCGGACGUGGACGAUCAUGACAGCGAACCAGAAUUGAUCAUCAACCACCUCAAUCAGAACCACUGCAGCAGCCCGGACCCGACCUCUGACCCAGACAGUUCGGGUACCGUCGAUCCUCAGGAGAACCACUCGGACCCGCAGCACGUCUCGCACAGGGACAGUGAGGAGGAGAACGGCGAGGACUGUGAGGAAAGGGAAGAGAGCAGCGCAAACGUGAUACUGGUGGGGGAACACCUUCCUCGGUAUCUGUCUCCCACCGCUCUGAAAAAGCACAUCCAGAACGAGACCACGAAAGUCAACAACGAGCUGAAGAGGCUCAUCACUAAGGAGAUUAGGAAGCCCGGCAGACACUAUGAGAAGAUCUUCUACUUCCUGAAGCAAAUCCAAGGCACGCUGGACACUCGGCUUAUCUUCCUCCAAAACAUCAUUAAAGAGGCGGCCAGGUUCAAGAAGCGUGUUCUGAUCGAGCAACUGGAGAACUUCCUCGAGGAGAUCCAUAACAGGUCCAACAACAUCAACCACGUGGACGCACUCUGA